ACCUGACCAAGAAACAAGCAAGUAUACAAAAUGAGAAACGGUGGUGUUGUGGUUAUUGCCCUUCUUAUAUCAAACAUGCUCAUGGCAACACGUCUCACCCUCACUCUCUCUAUACCUCGCUCUGUUCACCCUCUCCUUAAACGCACUUCUCAUUCCAUUUCACUCCUCAAACAAUUCCCUAAAUCCCAUCCUUGUCCCCUCUGGUCUUCUUCCUUCUCCUUCUGCCUCGACGCACUUCACAAGUCCACUUCCCCUUCUUCCUCCUCCUCCUCCUCCUUCACUUCCUACUCUUCUCCCUCCAUGGCCGCCGCCGCCGCCGUCGAAGCCAACCCGCUUCUCCAGGACUUCGACUUCCCGCCCUUCGAUGUCGUUGAACCCAAAUACGUGCGACCCGGCAUUCGUGCCCUCCUCACCAAGCUGGAACGUGAUUUGGAGGAGCUGGAACGCACUAUCGAGCCGUCAUGGCCGAAGUUGGUGGAACCCUUGGAGAAGAUUGUAGAUCGGUUGUCUGUUGUUUGGGGCAUUGUCAAUCAUCUCAAGGCUGUUAAGGAUAGUUCUGAGCUGCGUUCUGCCAUUGAAGAUGUUCAGGCAGAAAAAGUUAAGUUUCAGCUUAGACUGGGUCAAAGCAAACCUAUUUAUAAUGCAUUCAAAGCCAUUCGAGAGUCUCCUGAGUGGCAGACACUGAAUGAUGCUCGCAAACGAAUAGUUGAAAACCAAAUAAAGGAGGCAGUUCUUAAUGGUGUUUCUCUUGAAGAUGAUAAAAGAGAACAGUUUAAUAAGAUUGAACAGGAGCUCGAAAGGUUAUCACAAAAAUUUGAGGAGAAUGUUCUGGAUGCAACAAAAAAGUUUGAAAAGCUGAUUACAGAUAAGAAAGAGAUUGAAGGAUUACCUGCAACUGCUCUUGGGUUGGCUGCACAAAGCGCUGUGUCCAAGGGGCAUGAGAAUGCCACCGCUGAGAAUGGGCCGUGGGUAAUCACAUUGGAUGCUCCGAGUUAUAUUGCUGUUAUGCAACAUGCUCGCAACCGUUCUUUGCGUGAGGAAAUCUACCGGGCAUAUAUAACACGUGCUUCUAGUGGAGAUUUGGAUAAUACAGAAAUAAUUGAGCAAAUUUUAAAGCUUAGGUUGGAAAAGGCCAAUCUUCUCGACUACAAGAACUAUGCUGAGGUUAGCAUGGCAUCCAAAAUGGCAACUGUUGAUAAAGCACAAGAACUUCUAGAAAAGCUCCGCAGAGCUUCUUGGGAUGCUGCAGUACAAGAUAUGGAAGACCUUAAAAUAUUCUCCAAAGGUCAGGGUGCAUUGGAAGCUGAUACUUUGACGCAUUGGGACAUUAGCUUUUGGAGUGAGAGGCUACGUGAAUCAAAAUAUGACAUCAACGAGGAAGAACUGCGUCCAUAUUUCUCUCUGCCAAAGGUUAUUGAUGAACUUUUUAACCUCGCAAAAACACUAUUUGGUAUUGAAAUCGAGCCAGCUGAUGGUCUAGCACCGGUUUGGAAUAAUGAUGUCAAGUUCUUUCGUGUAAAAGAUUCUUCUGGUAGUCCAAUUGCGUAUUUUUAUUUUGAUCCUUAUAGUCGUCCUGCUGAAAAAAGGCAAGGUGCAUGGAUGGAUGAAGUGUUUGCUCGUAGUCGUGUAUUAUCACGUGAUGGUACCUCAACAAGGUUGCCUGUUGCCCACAUGGUGUGCAAUCAAACACCUCCGGUAGGAAACAAGCCAAGUCUAAUGACAUUCCGUGAGGUUGAGACUGUCUUCCAUGAAUUUGGCCAUGCACUUCAACAUAUGCUUACAAAGCAAGAUGAGGGUCUGGUUGCUGGCAUUAGGGGAAUAGAGUGGGAUGCUGUUGAAUUACCUUCUCAAUUCAUGGAAAACUGGUGUUACCAUAGAGAGACUUUAAUGGGAAUUGCAAAGCAUUUUGAAACUGGGGAGAGUCUCCCUGAAGAAGUCUAUUUGAAGCUUGUUGCUGCCAGAACUUUUCGUGCGGGCUCUCUAAGUCUUCGACAGCUGAAAUUUGCCAGUGUAGAUCUAGAACUUCAUUCAAAAUAUGUUCCAGGGGGAUCAGAAUCUAUCUAUGAUGUUGACCGUAGAGUUUUUGAGAGAACUCAAGUGAUUCCUCCAUUGCCAGAGGACAGGUUCCUCUGCAGCUUCAGUCAUAUAUUUGCAGGAGGAUAUGCAGCUGGAUACUAUAGCUACAAGUGGGCUGAGGUACUGUCUGCAGAUGCUUUCUCUGCAUUUGAAGAUGUUGGAUUGGAUAACAGCAAGGCUGUUAAAGAAACAGGACACAAGUUCCGGGAGACCAUUCUUGCUCUUGGAGGUGGCAAGGAACCACUGGAGGUCUUUGUGCAAUUCCGUGGUCGAGAACCAACACCUGAUGCGUUGCUCAGACACAAUGGCCUAGUUGCAGCUUAAGGAUAAAGUUGUCCAGUUUAUUAUAUUCAAAUAAAUGUGCUUCAUAACUUUUUGUUCUUAAUUUUACAUUUUUAAAUGAGUUUUACUGUACAUUUAAAGGAGUUUAAUUUUCAAAGGAAAUUAUUUAGCUGUUAA